UUUGGCGUAUCAGAGAAUAUAUUCCUUCAGGAAAAUAAAUUAGGUGAGGAAGGGAAAUUAAUUAAUCAUAUAACGAAUGAUGAUGAAAAUAAAGAAAAAUAUAUUAAGGGGGAAGAGGAAAACAGAGAAGAAGAUCCUGAAGAAAAAGCUGCUAGAGAAAGACAAGAAGCAGAAGAAAAAGCGGCUAGGGAGAAACAAGAAGCAGAAGAAAAAGCGGCUAGAGAAAAACAAGAAGCAGAAGAAAAAGCGGCUAGGGAAAGACAAGAAGCAGAAAAAGCUGCUAGGGAGAAACAAGAAGCA